AUGUCCCCAUCAUCGACAACCGCAACCAAGGAGGUCGUACACAACACCCUUGAACAGGCCGCAAAGGUGAAUGCUCUAAGCCCGGCCUUCAGAUAUGGCGGCGUUCCAACUGUGCCGGGUCAGGUCAAGCCACUAGCACAAGUUCGUAUCCCAAGAUAUGAGAAUCUCGAAGACGAAAGAGCUUUCCGAAAGUUGCAUCAUGCUGCUGCUUUGCGGUGGCUGGGAGCUCAUGGUUACAACAAUGAAGGCGCGGGCGGACACGUCACAGUCCGCGAUCCCAUCCUAACAGAUCAUUUCUGGAUAAACCCACAUGCGAAAAGCUUUUCGUAUAUUAAACCAGAUGAUCUCUGCCUUGUCAACGACCAGGGCAUAGUUGUUGAUGGAAACAUGCACGCCAUCAACCCGGCUGGAUUUUCAAUCCACUCUGCCGUUCAUCGAGCCCGUCCAGACAUCAAUGCAGCGGUCCAUUGUCAUUCGAUCCCUAGUAAGGCCUUUGCUGCGUUUGGGAAGCCAUUGGAUAUGAUCAACCAAGAUGCAUGCCGGUUCUAUCAAGCUCACUCGGUUUACGAAGGAUUUGGAGGAUCAGCUCUUGAUCCUCAGGAGGGCAAGAAUAUCGCGAAAGCCCUUGGUAACGGGAAAGCGGUGAUUCUUCAGAAUCAUGGUAUCCUGGCGGUCUCAAAAACGGUAGACGGAGCUGCAUUCAACUUUGGCGCUCUUGAUCGAUGUAUCGAAGCACAGUUGCUCGCCGAUGCGGCGGGAAAGAACAGAGGCUGGGACACUAUCAAAGUCGGUCACGAAGAGGCUGAGUACACUAGAAAAGUAUACUGGGACGAAUUGGAAUACAUCACGUUCCAAUCCGCAUUUGAAGAUACCGUGCGUGCUUCUGGUGGUGAACUAACGAUGACGAUUUGA